AUCUCGCGACGACAUCUUUCACGGCCCCCGUCGAAUGUAAUCCUCUCUCUCUCUCUCUCUCUCUCUCUCUCCCAAGAAUGGCUUCGAUCCCUUCUGCGCGUCUCCCACCGGCGUCGUCGGCCGGCCACAUCGGCUCCGACUCCACCAGAUUCCCAAGGAAAAUACCAGUGUACCUCCCUCAGCCGCCGCUCCUGCCACUCCCCAGGCUCAAGCGCGUCGGCACUUCUAGGGCUCCGCCGAGCCCCUUCCUCUGCUGCUGCCACGACGGCCCUUCGUCUGGCGGGCAGGAGGAAGGUUCCUCCUCGAAAGAUGGAUCUUCCCCUAUCAGCUGGGACUCGCUCAUCCACGAGAUCGUCCGUGGCGCUGCUAAAAGGUGGGACGAGUUGGUGGCAUCGUGUCGCAAUUCUUGGUCUAAGAAUGGGUUGCCGGUGGUUGCCUCGGAGGCGGGAAAGGAGGUUCUUGGGGAGGAAGAGGAGAAUGAGGAAGAUGGAGGGGAGUGGGAUUGGGAGAGGUGGAAGCGGCAUUUUGCGGAAAUUGAAGAGUACGAGAAGCUUGUUUCCGUCUUAAAGUCACAAUUGAAUGAGGCUAUUUUGAGAGAGGAUUAUGAGGAUGCUGCAAAGCUGAAGUUGGCUAUGUCUGGUGCUGCAAAAAAAGAUGUUGUUGGAACAGCAUUAACUAUUAUGAAUAGAGCUAUAGAGGAAGAGAGAUACAAUGAUGCGGCUUUCAUUCGCGAUCAUGCCGGAGCAGAACUGGUUGGUUGGUGGGCUGGAAUUUCAGAAGAUGGCACUGAUCCAUAUGGUCGGCUUAUAUGUAUAAUGGCUGAGUAUGGAAGAUACGUCGCAAGAAGCUACAGUCCCAGACAGCUAGCCAGUGGCAGGGCAGGUCUUCCUCUCUUUGAGAUUUUCUUCACCAAAACAGAUGGAGAUUACAGACAACAGGUGGUAUAUUUGCAAAAACUUGAAAAUUCUGAAGACUCGACAAAUAAUUCUGUGAAAAAACCAGGUUCGAACAGCUUAAACUUGUAUGAUGGUCCAAAAGGGGAAAAGUCAGAAAACAGCUUACAAGCACAAGAUUUAAAGACAGUUGAAGGAAAGGAUGGUGAUAUAAAUAUGAUGGAUGGUAUUUCUAUUAUCCAGAAUGUUUUACGAGAUCUAAUUCCUGGUUCCAAGGUCAGGGUCAUAAAACUGGGGUCACCUGGGAAAGUGGACAAAGAUAUAAUCAGCAAAGUUGUUGAACAGAUAAUGGAGGAAGAGGAUGAUGGUGACGAGGAAGACAGUUGCAAUGAAGAGUUAGAAAGUAUAGAAUCAGAUGGCCUUAACGCUGAAAAUGACAUUGAAGAGGUAGAAAUGGAUGCUAGAGAUUUGGCAAGUUCACAAGAAGAGAAAAGUGAAUUAUCAUUAAAAGUCAUUAUAGGUGAUUUAACACCAAAAUCAUUUGCUGAUGUGCCCCCCACCAAUCUGGUCCGUGUUCCAGCAAAGCUAGAGAAAAGAGAUAACUCAUCAUUUUCAAUUACUUUGGGGCAAGAUGCUGUCAAGAAUAGAAAUGAGAGGAAAAAACAUGCUUCAAAGAGAAAAACUUUUGCUGCAAAGAAUGCUGAUCUUCUGUCAUUUGAGCUUGCUAAAAUGAUUCCUGAUAAAGAUAGGAAGCAUUUGAAGGUAUUAAAAGAUCUUCAGGAGCUAAUCAACUACAGUGUUAACAACAGACAGAACUAUCAUUCUUUAUAUGAAACUACACUAUUCUGCCAAAUUAAGAUGCCUUCAACUUCAGAUCCACUUAGUGGACUAUACAUUGGUUCACAUGGAAUGUACAGCUCCAGUGUCCUCCAUCUUAAGCGCAAAUUUGGACAGUGGCAGGAGGAUAGUACAUCUCAUAAAUAUGCAGAUCUAAAAUUUUAUGAAUAUGUUGAAGCUACUAAACUGACUGGUGAUCCUUCUGUGCCGGCUGGGCAGGUUGCAUUUCGUGCAAAGCUGGGCAAGCAAAAUCAGCUUCCUCAUCAGGGAAUAAUCCCUGAAGAAUUUGGAGUGAUUGCUAGAUAUAAAGGACAGGGGAGGCUAGCUAAUCCAGGUUUUCGAAAUCCUCGAUGGGUUGAUGGUGAGCUUGUUAUUUUUGAUGGGAAGUACAUUAGAGGAGGUCCAGUUAUUGGUUUUGUGUAUCGGGCACCUGAAUCUCACUUUUUUUUAUUCUUCAAUCGAUUAAGCCUACCAGCUUAGGAUGGCGUUGCAUGUCGCUCAAUGUAGAUAGAAAGGUUUUCAUCAGAUACAUGAGAAUGGGUAGCUUGUGAUUUUGAUCGAAGACUGAUGAGUAAUUGCUGAUGAUCAUGCAGAUAGUCGCAUCACAGAAGUUCCCUACCUCGCCACCCUGCGUCCGUGCAGGUACUGACAAGGGAAAUGCAGCAUGGCUUCUUCAAUUUUGCAGCUCACAAUUUGCUGUCGUAUAUAUAUAUAUUUCCUAUCAUGCUACCGAAUGGUAAAACUUGUUAAUGAUAGUUAAAAUACUUCGAUCUUAUCACCAUGUAAUUGACCUCAGCUGCUUGCUCUGUGGUUUCCCCACCUUUCUUUUUAUUUUUAUUUUUGUAAAAACUUGUCCAAAGCUUGUCUGUUUGCUGCUUGGAUACAAAUUUCAUGCUAAUUCUUCACCAAACUUCCCUAUA